AUGGCGAGUGUUCCUAUCGGAAUAAAAACUCACGCUCAAAAAGUUUGUAGCCUUUAUAAAAGGGCUUUGCGAAACUUAGAAGCGUUUUAUGAUAGACGCCAUGUUUACCGUUACCAAGCAGUCCUGCUUCGAGAGCGUUUUGACAAGAACGCAAAAGUUACAGACUCCCGCACAGCUGCUCAACUGCUUAAGGAUGGAGAAGAAGAACUUUUCCUCAACCAGCAUCCCAUUCCAAGGAAGUUUCCCACCAGUCUUGGAGGUGUAGCGCAUGAGCGUGUGGUUACUCCCCCUGACUGGGUUCUUGACUACUGGCAUCCUCUUGAAAAGGCCCAAUACCCAGAGUACUUCAAACGCAGAGAGGAAAGGAAAAAGGAAUUCAUUGCUAUGUGGGAAAAGGAAUAUGGCAAGCCUGAUGAGAAAGACAAACACCAU